AUGACGUUCACUGCUAAGCUUCUCGUCGAGAGAAGCGGUCUCGGAGCAAGAAGCUCCGUCAAAGUAAGUACACAAAUGGGAGACGCAAAACAAUUAUUACUUCAGGAAAAUGAGUACAUGUGCCACUGUUACGUUCGGAACGACGGCCUCUCAUCUGUCUGCGUCACCGACACCGAAUAUCAGCAACGUGUCGCAAUGAGCUUCCUCGGGAGAGUCAUGGAUGACUUUACGAGCAAGCUUCCAGCCGUUCAAUGGGUCCGUUUCUUCUUCUUGACUCCUUCAAAGUGCCUUUUUUUUAGUCGGGAAUCAAGAGCGACAAGGAUUGUUCGUAUUUGGGAUUGAAGGACCUUCUGGAGAAGUGGCAGAAUCCACGUGACGCUGAUCCGAUGACCAGGGUGCAGGAGGAAGUUGAGGAGACGAAGAUUGUGAUGCACAACACAAUCCAAUCGGUGCUCGACAGAGGCGAGAAACUUGACGAUCUGGUGAAGAAGAGCGAGAAUCUGUCGGAUCAGUCGAAGAUGUUCUAUACGCAGGCGCGGAAGAUGAACAAGUGCUGCAACUAUGUCUAG